AUGGUGGCUCGAGGCCUGCCUGCGCUACACCGGGAGGCGGCAGGCGAGGAGGCACGCAGCAGAGAGUCCAUGAUCGCUGUCGUCAUGGCUGCUGUGGCUGCAGCGGCGGCUGCAUCGAGUGCCAGCGGCUCCAACGCCGCAGAAGCUGUUGCUGCCGGUGCAGCUGCCGGCUUUGCAGCAGCGAACGCAGUAGAUGCAGGAUUCUCACAAGGAAGGCGUCUUCUGAGCGCACAGGAGUACGGCGCAGUGAUGGGAAACGCCACAGUCAUCCCGGCGUCGCUCUCGCGUGUUCCAUCCACCCAGCUCAACCCUUCAUUUGCCUCUGCUCCGGCUGCAGCAUCCCCAGCACCUGCAGCUCCUGCAUCAGCCUCUGCGUUGUCUGCGGCGCUGUCUGGACAGGCGUUGAUGGGAGUGCAGCGCGCCAUGGUGCUGGCUGCUGCUGCUGCCGCCAUUUCCGGCCACCACGGGGUUGUUCCACGCAGCGUGGCUGUCGAUUCAGCAGCAUCCGGGGCAGCAGCUGUUCAACCUACAGCCUCCCAGCCUGCCUCCUCGCUCGCAAUAUCCUCCGCCACCACCGCUGCUCUAAGCGCCGGUGCUGCCAGGACAGUCACCGCUGGGAGUGGCGGAGGCAGAGCUGCUGUGUGCGACGACGAGGGUGGCAUGGCUCCUCGUGUGAGCAAGCUCUUGGCCAAGUGGUUGCGGUCGGACGACGAGGGCCCACACGUGUGCCCUGUGUGCAAGCAGAGCUUCCCCACGGCGGGAGGCCUGAAGCAGCAUCAGCACGACCGCUGGCGCUGCUCCCUGGGCUCUCAGGCCAUGCAGGCCUCUGCACCCGCUGCUGCUUCUGCUGCUGCUGCUGCUCCUGCUGCUGCUGCUGCUGCUGCUGCUGCUGCUGCUGCUGCUGCUGCUGCUGCUGCUGCGGCUGGGCCAAGCCAUGUGGCGUCAGGAGGUGCUGGAGCUUCUGCUGCUGCCGGUCGCAGUGGGCGCUCGGGUGUGAGUACAAAUGCUGGGGAUGGGAGUAGAAACAUUGGGAGGAGGGAGAGUGACAAAAAGGGUAGUGGAAAGGGUGGUGAAGGAAAGGACAUCAGCACGACUGUGAGAGACAGUACAGGCAUGUUGUGGCCUCGGCUGUCCGUGCUUGAUUCAGCGGCGAGUGGUGGGGAGGCCGUGGGAAAGGACAUGUCGCGGAAGGCCAAGAGCAGGGGAAAAGGAGCUUCUGAAGUUGUAGGGCUUAGGAGCCUGGAGAGAAAAGGCCAAGCGUCGGGAAGCAAGCGGCCGCAGAGUGAGAUUCUCUCGGGCGGUUCAUUCAUGGAGCACCCAGCAAGGCAGUCAGUUGGGCAGCAGAGCGAGAAGCAGCAGAUGGAGAGAACUUCAGCAAGUGCAACCCCCUUUACACGGCAGGCCAGCAUCACCAACACAUCUCCCCCUCAUCGAUCCUCCCUCAGUGCCCCCUCCCCUGCCUCUCCUUCCCUCGCCUACUCCUUCUCUCUGCCUUCCCAUCGCUCGUCCGUGACAGCCGGAUUGCAGGGUGCGGAAGGUGGCCAGCGAGGGUUGAGAGUGCACGGGCAGCAGCACUUCACUGAAACAAAUCCCAUGGCAGGUGAAAAGUUGCUGAGCCCUCCAAAGCGUUUUCGGUCAGGGAACGGAAGAGGAGAAGAUACAGGGGAAAAUGUUAACAUGUCUGAUCGAAACAGAAUGCGAGGCGGUGGUAAGGAGUUUCAUCAAUCGAGGGACUUAGACUUGGUGAAGCAUGGUGUGCGGGUUGAGGACGGGGAGAAAGACGGUAUGGCGUACGAUGGCAUGGCGGUUGACGAGUUGGUGCAUGGUGGUGCUGCAGCAUCAGCAGACACGGCGUCAGCAGGAGUGGCGGAUGUGACUGCUAUGGCUGGGUGGCUGAGAGCAGCGCACGUGCGCAGAGGAGAGCAGUGGGGACCUUCGCCCUCCGCCUUCCCUACUGCCGGCGGUCUUCACGGUGGGCUUGGGGUGCCGGCCAGGGCUGCAGGAGGGAUGGAGGAUAGGCGAGGAGGUGGAGGGGAGGACAGGGUGUGCAGGGGAGAGGAGGCAGCGGUGUAUGCUGUGGACACGCAGCGGUGGCACAAGACUCAGCGCUCCCGCGUGGAAAUCCUUGAUCGCAACCUGCCGCCCUGGCAGGCAUCUGACUUGUCUCUCGCCGGCUCUCUUCCAGCUCAGGCAGAGAGAGGAUUUGGUGCGACUGCAGCAGGCGAGCACGGGUCUCGUGCCGAUGACUCUUCCACCAGAGCGACCUUCUCCCUGGCUGCCACUGCUGCUGCUGGUGGUGCUGGUGGGAGUCAUGGUGCGAGUGAGAGGGCAGAGCUAGGGCUGUCCUUUGACCUCAACAUGGCGCAUGGGGGAGACGAGGAUGACGAGAACACGCGUGGCAGCGACAAGCAACAGCCUCCAGCAGUGGGAGGAGCCACAGGUGUGGUGCGUGCUCAAGAGCCCAAGCCGAACAUCUGGAGCAGGGCGGGAGCAUCAGGAGCUACUGGUGCAGGCGCAGCUGGUGCAGGCGUACCCACCAUGAGCAUUCCCGAAUCGUGCUGCUCCUGGAACUGUGUGUUCUUCUCGCUUCCCUGCCACAGAAAGACACGGUAUUUCCGUGGUGCGCAAAUGUCAAUAUCCCGUCACCCUCGACUGCUCUCGCUCCUUCCUCGCCGCGUCAACCUCACGUUCUCUCACCCCGCGCAAUCUUCCUCCCCCUCCCUUCCCGCCACCCUUCCUCUCUCUCGUCGCCCUUCUUCUCUCCUGUCGCCCUCCCUCUCUCCCGUCGCCCUUCCCAUCUCCCAUCGCCCUCCCUUCCCGUCGCCCAUCUCUCCCACCGCCCUUCCCCCUUCCCGUCGCCCUUCCUCUCUCUCGUCGCCCUACUUCUCUCCCGUCGCCCUCCCUCUCUCCCGUCGCCCUUCCCAUCUCCCGUCGCCCUUCUCUCCCGUCGCCCCUCUCCCCCGUCGCCCUUCUCCCCCGUCGCCCUUCCCAUCUCUCGUCGCCCUUCCUCUCUCUCGUCGCCCCUCUUCUCUCCCUAGACCCUUCUCUCCCGUCGCCCCUCCUCUCUCCCGUCGCCCUUCUCUCCUAUCGCCCGUGAUGUACCCUCGCCCUCGCCAUCUCCCUUUAGUUCUGCUCAAAGUUCUCCUCGCCCUUCCCAUCUCCUUCGCUCUCUCCCCUCCCUUCCCGUCGCCCUCCCUCUCUGCUCGCCCUUCCCAUCUCCUUCGCUCUCUCCCCUCCCUUCCCGUCGCCCUCCCUCACUCCUCGCCCUUCCCAUCUCCUUCGCUCUCUCCCCGCCCUUCCCGUCGCCCUCCCUCACUCCUCGCCCUUCCCAUCUCCUUCGCUCUCUCCCCUCCCUUCCCGUCGCCCUCCCUCUCUGCUCGCCCUUCCCAUCUCCUUCGCUCUCUCCCCUCCCUUCCCGUCGCCCUCCCUCACUCCUCGCCCUUCCCAUCUCCUUCGCUCUCUCCCCUCCCUUCCCGUCGCCCUCCCUCACUCCUCGCCCUUCCCAUCUCCUUCGCUCUCUCCCCUCCCUUCCCGUCGCCUUCCCUCUCUCCUCGCCCUUCCCAUCUCCUUCGCUCUCUCCCCUCCCUUCCCGUCGCCCUCCCUCUCUGCUCGCCCUUCCCAUCUCCUUCGCUCUCUCCCCUCCCUUCCUGUCGCCCUCCCUCUCUCCUCGCCCUUCCCAUCUUUUUCGCUCUCUCCCCUCCCUUCCCCGUCGCCCUCCCUCUCUCCUCGCCCUUCCCAUCUCCUUCGCUCUCUCCCCUCCCUUCCCGUCGCCCUCCCUCUCUCCUCGCCCUUCCCAUCUCCUUCGCUCUCUCCCCUCCCUUCCCGUCGCCAUCGCUCUCUCCUCCCCCAUCUCCCCUCCCAUCGCCCAACUCGUCACCGUCGCGCUCGAUCAGGAACGCCCUCCCCGCGCCCUUCGUGUGUCCCCUCAAAUCACCCUCCUAG